GCAGUUGGAGAAAGAAUGUAUCCUCUCUAGCUUUCUUAAAUGGAUUAAAAGACCCUCUAACUUCUUCACUAUAUCAAAACCGCAUAACAAACCAGCAACACACACAGCUUUUGCAACAAUGAGAGAAACCCCAUCAAAGCAAUGGAGACCCUUUACUGCAAACUGUUGUACUGUGGAUGACAAAACAAUCUUUGGCAACUUCAGCCGGUGCAAGCCAUCACGUUCUGAUAACAUUGCACCAAUGCCAUCAUUCAGGAGAUUGUCAUUCUCUGAUCUUAGUCGGUCUUCUUCGAUGCGGAUCAAUGAAGACCUUGCCAUGUCUUUUGGGAAUGAUUUGUAUGAUUUUCAGUUGAGUGAGUUGAAAGCUAUCACACAGAAUUUCUCAAGCAAUUUCUUGCUUGGAGAGGGUGGUUUUGGGACUGUUCAUAAGGGUUAUAUUGAUGAGAAUUUGAGGCAGGGCUUGAAGGCUCAAGCUGUUGCUGUCAAGCUUUUGGACAUUGAAGGCUUGCAGGGUCACCGUGAAUGGCUUGCAGAAGUGAUAUUUCUUGGGCAGCUUAGGCAUAAAAAUCUUGUCCGAUUGAUCGGUUAUUGUUGUGAGGAUGAAGAAAGGCUUCUUGUAUACGAAUUCAUGCCUCGAGGCAGCUUGGAGAAUCACUUGUUCAAAAGGCUUUCAGUAUCACUGCCAUGGAGUACAAGAAUAAAGAUUGCAGUUGGAGCAGCUAAAGGCCUUUCCUUCUUGCAUAGUGCAGUGAAUCCGGUGAUAUACCGCGACUUCAAGACUUCCAAUGUCUUGCUCGAUUCUGAUUUCACAGCAAAAUUGUCCGACUUUGGACUAGCAAAGAUGGGACCUGAAGGAUCAAACACACAUGUGACAACAAGAGUGAUGGGAACAUAUGGGUAUGCAGCUCCAGAAUACGUCUCAACAGGGCACUUGACAGCAAAAAGUGAUGUUUACAGCUUUGGAGUGGUGCUGCUGGAGCUGCUUAUAGGGAGGAGAUGCAUGGAUAAAUCAAGGCCAAAAGGUGAGCAAAACCUUGUUGAUUGGGCAAAACCAUAUCUGACUAGUAGCCGGCGAUUGCGCUACAUUGUGGAUCCAAGACUUGCUGGCCAGUACUCUGUAAAGGGUGCAAAAGAAAUGGCUCUUCUGGCCUUACAAUGCAUUAGUUUGAAUCCCAAAGACAGGCCGAGGAUGUCAGCCAUAGUUGAAACACUAAAAUGCUUGCAAAAUUACAAGGACAUGGCAGUCUCUUCUGGACAAUGGCCAGUCGCACCAAAAUCAACCAGAAAUGCUAAAGUGAAUAAGACAGAUAGUAAAGGUGGGACUUUCAGGAAAUCCUCCCCUGUUACUCCAAGCAGGAAAAAAUCUUGAUCAUUUCCAUGGAAAUGCAAAGGUAUUUCUAGUAUAUCUUAGCAGAUAAAUGAAUGUAUGUAUGCCAAGAAGAAACUAAGGCAUGAUUAAGAGCCUCUGUAAAUAUGUGAAAA